CCUCGCAGCAACGACGGCCAGCCGCCACGCAAACGGACCAGAACUGUGGGGCGUCGGGAGAGGAGCGAGGCCGAGCAGGCGCAAGAUCUCGCCAACGUCCUGCGUGCGUUGGAGGAAGAGUUCGCAGAAAAGGAGCGGCUGUCUCACGGGCAGACAUGGUGCACGCCUGUGCCCCAGGAGAGGAAGGCGAAGGCGGUCCGGGGCUUCUACAAAGCGUUCCAUGACGCGAGAACGCUGCCGAUUCUCACUUGCAUGUUCUGCUAUCGCAAGUAUGGCAUGGCUGAGCUGGAGGACGUCGAUUGGGAUUGGCAUCUGGGUAGAGGCGCAUUGUCUCCGGCAGCGCAGCUACAUACCCGGCUAGGAUGCGAGCACAUGUUUCCAGAAGAGUUGAAGGGUCUCACGCCGGUCGAGGAGAAGUUGAUUGCCUUGAACUCGUGUUAUGGCUUCAUCACCAAAUACAGCAUGCCAGAUGGACACAGGCAGAGCGCAAGGUAUCCGAAACAUAUCAAGGGACACAUCACAGUAUUUCCGAACAACGUGCAGGAGCUCGCGACAAAUGUCCUACCUCAUCCGCUGCUGAAAGUUUUGGAUGAGAUACACGUGUCCUGGCAGGGGGCAACAAAACCAGCGCCGAGUGAUUUGUCGGCGUUACUAUCGGUGCGGCGCAGCGCCGUUGAGAAGGCGCUGGUAUGGCUGAAGAGGCACAAUCCCUUGUAUGCCGACAUCGACAUUGACACGGCCGAAUUGGAUAGC